CUGUCAUGGUGGCAGUCAUAUGUAGCUCUGCGUGGUACCUGGCUGCUACACUGAUGCAGGCUUCAUGCAGCAGGAGAAAGGGUUCUUGGAGUACAAGUCAAGGCAACAGACUGAUGUCACACAGCCAACGAUAUCAUUUACCCAGAAAGUGCAGCUCUACAGCCCACAAUCGCCAAGGCAACAAGCCAUCAGUGAAGCCAUUGUUCAAGAUUUGAUCAUUGGGUGUUGUCUGCCUAUCUCACUUGUGGAAAAUGGACAUUUUAAACACUUUCUUGAGGUCAUGGAUAGUAAAUACAGACCAAUCUCUAGAAGAACAGUUUCUGAGAGGCGAAUACCAGAGUUGGUAAGGAAGGUCAAGGAAACUGUUUUGGAGAAACUGAAGACCCAGUCGUCUGUGUCAUUAACAACUGACCUCUGGUCUGAUCGCAGGCUACGCUCCUUCCUUGGAGUGACUGCCCAUGUGUGCUACAAAUCAAAGGAUUCCUAUGCACUUGAAUCCUACCUGCUGGACUGUAGGUGUUUUACAGGCAGGCAUACUGGAGAGCAUAUUGCAUCUGCCUUUGAGGAGAUCACAGAGGAAUAUGGGAUUCGUCACAAAAUAAGCUAUAUCAUAACAGACAAUGCCAGCAAUAUGAAAUGUGCUUUUAAAGUACACAUGCCCCAACAGCAAUCUGAUGACAGUGAGAGUGAGGAGGAUAAUCUAGAUGACGAGCACUUGUGGGAGGACAUUAAUUUAGCGGAAGACACAGAAUUACCCUGGUCAUCAGGUGAACGUCUUUCCUGCUUUGCACACUCUCUGCAGUUAGUUGUGAAUGAUGGCAUGAAGGAGGUUAGGACCCUUUCCCGCACCAUAGCCAAAACAUCACGGUUCACAACUCUAUUACAUAGCAGCUCACAAUUCAAAGACAAGUUUGAGGCUAUGUUUGGCACUAAUAGGACUGUUCCAGCUGCAAGCAUGACUCGUUGGAACAGUACAUUUAAACAAGUACAGGCCCUCAUAGCUCUGGACCACAAAGCCCUGAACGAAAUGUGCACUAAGAAUUAUGAGGAUGUGGUGUUUAGCACCCUCAGGAGGCCUGGGGUCCCCUCGACCCCCAAGCCUCAGUGGGACGGGGAGAAAGUCCGGGUGACCCCUUGGGGACCCCAGUCGUCCCAGUGGCGGCGGAGGCGGCUGGGGUCACUGGGACCCCACGACUCCCGGCUCAGCGUGACCUCCCCUGCGGUGAUUGGGUCGAGGUGA